AUGAAACGACGGAAAAUGUCCAUCUCCUGGUUCACCCUGCAAGCCUGCCUUAGUUUAAUAACCUUGCUAACGCUACUACACUGCCAGCAAGGCGAUACGGCAAUUAUACCACCACCCUGGAGUGAUCCUGAUAAAAAUCCAUGUGCCACAAUGCCGGGAGGAUGGCAGCUGCUCUAUUGGCCACCAUUAAAGAAAUGUUUUAAAAUAUUCAGUAUUGGCUAUCCCUGUCCCGACACCAUGGAACUAAGUCCCACAAUACCCAUUGGAACGAGUAAAAGAAAAGUAAUGGCCAAUGUGCCGGUGGCGGAAUGUCGUUGCCCGCCCGGAACGGCAUUGAGUGGCCAAACAAAUAAAUGUUAUAAAAUCUAUGAACGUGGACCCUGUUCGAAGGGUCAGUAUUUUAAUCCCGUACCCGAAAUGCAACAGGGGAAUAAAAGGACCACAAAUCGUUGGGGUGUUUGUAAAACACCUAAAGCCUGUCCUGAGAAUCAGCUAUUUUGGCCACGGGAUGGUAAAUGUUAUAGCCGCUUAACCAAAGGGCCCUGUACCAGGGGUAAAUUAUUAGUAUUAAAUGAAGAUGGUCUGGCGGAGUGUAGGUGUGAAGAUUCCGGUGAAUUGAAACCCUAUUAUUAUGACUUGGAAGAAAGCUGUCAUGAACAUUUCACCAAGGGUCCAUGUUCAACACCGGGCCACCUGUUUUUACCCGGCGGCGUUUGUGAUUGUCAUCGUGGUCUGCCGCACUAUCACGAAGACUAUCACAUGUGUUAUGAAUUAAAUACCCCCGGACCAUGUCCACCGGGUAAUAUUUUCACCUUUCCCGAAAACAUAACCAUUGGAGAUGGUGAGGAAGAUCAGAAUAAUUAUUACAAUCCCAUUAAAGCCACCAGAGCCCAGUGCCAGUGCAAAGAAGGUUAUGUACCCUGGUCGGAUGGUUUCUGUUAUCGCCUGUAUACCCGAGGCCCUUGCGGCCAAAAUGAAUUCCUCAUCAAUGCCACAACCUGUGUGGAGAAUUUCUGUGGUAAAAAUCGCCUCUAUUUCCCCGAUCAAAAUCAAUGCUAUCGCAUUGGUUCUCAGGGCCCCUGUGAUCUCCAUCAAGUGGUGGUGUUCGAUUUUACCGCCCGCCCUUCGGUCGAUGGUAUAUCGUAUAAUGGCAUGUGUGGUUGUACGGGAAUUCUCAUGAAUUUAGAUCAACAAUGUUCGACGCCAUCGGAACCUAUGACGAAUACCUGUGAAUCGACACCGGGUAUGGUUGAGUUGGAGGGUAAUUGUUAUAAACUCUAUACAAGGGGACCAUGUGGCCCAGGGCAAUGGUUGGAACCUGUUAAGACGGCAGCAGGUGGUGAUGCGCCUAGACGUAUUGAAAAUAAAGGGAAAUGUGUUUGUCGACCAGGGUAUACGGCGAUUGAGAGGACGAGGGAGGAUAAUACGACCGCGAUCGGCAGUAUAGAACGUUGUAAUGCUCCGACAGUGGGUUUGGCAAGGUAUUUAAAUGAAAAUGCCCUCCAGCAGAGGCAAAAUUCGAAAUUUCCCAUAACACUGAUUUCAACUAAUUUUCCGAAUCUGUAA